AUGUCCGCUUCUUUCGAGACCAGGAAAGGUGCCCCUCUGUCUUCUAUUCCGGAUGUGCCCAUUGUAGCUGUUGAACAUCCCUGCAUCGUCCAGAAUGUCGACAGGGCCAUUCGUACGCUCGGCGGUGACCGUGAGAUUGCGGAAGCGCUUGAAAACGACAACGCUAAACCACUAGGCUUGAGGUUCCAGCCGGACGACCCUACCAGUCGUGAGGUGGUAUCUUACAACAAGAAAACCAACAAUCUCUUGCUGAGGGUGAUUGUCCCGAAGCGAACGGGAAGGAGGAAAAAGCGUGGCUCAAGCGAAGAUUUCAGUGGGAAUUCCCCAGGAUUAUCUUCCAGAAAAGAUGUUAAAUAUCUGCUUCGGUCCUUGAAUGACAAUGCUCAACACCGCCAACUUGAAAUUGUCGGCCAGAUACAUUCAACUCAUGUCUGGCGGACUGUACCUGACUUCGUCUACACCUCCAAGGGCUCGAUGUUCCUCAAGGAAGUGUGUACGAAGAUCCUCCCUCGAGACUAUCCACAGCUCAAGCAAUGGUCAAUGCCCCGGGCUUUAGCUUCAGCUGCGACAGACACAGAAGCUAUCCCUCCCCCGGUAUUCUCCACUCAGAGUUUGCCGCGCAAUUUUUCUUAUCACCGAGAUACCUCUAUCAGGCCCGCCACCAGAAAAACCACCACACGCGAUACCGCAGCACCUAUAGAAGUAACGGCAGACCAGGGUCGGCUUGAUGAGGGGAGACCACCCGAGGAUUCAGCCGCACAACCCGGAGCUCCGCUACAAUCGUCAGAUACUUCAGCAACACCCACAUGA